AUGGUUCCUCCUAUGAUCGAGUUAACGCCAGACAACUUUGAAAAGGAGGCUAAGGCGUCAAAAUACUUGCUAGUUAAGCAUUACAGUCCCUACUGCCCUCACUGUAUAGACUUUGCGCCGACGUUCCAAACCUUGUACGAAUACUAUUACACGUCGCCAACACCGGAGGAAGGCAAGACCUUCUCUGAGUACUACGGCAUGCGAUUUGCUAUGAUCAACUGCGUGGCAUACUACGAUCUAUGCAGUGCCCACGGCGUGGCAUCGUACCCGACCACGAUUUUGUAUAAAGAUGGCGAGUCAGCAGUACAAUUCAGAGGUGUAAAGAACAUGACAUUUAUGGCCACUGCUGUGGAGGAGGUGCUCGAGCAGGAGAAGCCUGGGACGAGACCUAAGGAUCUCACACUUCCAGGCCCCGGCGCAACUACAGCCCCGGUGCCCACCAUUGUCCAGGUGGCACCUACUGCCAAGGAGACUGGGUCAAAGACCGCCGUCGUCCAGAAACCAAAGUCAACAAUCACGCCGAAUCCAAACGGUGUGUCUGUGGCACUCACAGCGGAAAGCUUCCAGAGCUUGGUCACAAUGACACAUGAGUCCUGGUUCAUCAAGUUCUACGCCCCUUGGUGCCAUCACUGCCAAGCGAUGGCGCCUUCGUGGCAACAAUUGGCUAAAUCGAUGAAGGGUAGACUGAACGUUGGCGAAGUCAACUGUGAUGCCGAAAGCCGGCUUUGCAAGGACGUCCGCCUCCGAGGGUAUCCCACGAUCCUUUUCUUCAAGGGAGGCGAGCGUGUUGAGUACGACGGCCUUCGGGGCUUGGGAGAUUUCGUUUCGUACGCCGAGAAAGCCAUCGACAUCGCCAGUGGCGUUCAAGAUGUUGAUGCUGACGCCUUCAAGGCUUUGGAAGAGAAGGAAGAGGUCAUCUUUGUCUAUUUCUAUGACCAUGCUACUACGAGCGAAGAUUUUGAUGCUCUUGAACGAUUACCCCUGAGCCUUAUCGGUCAUGCCAAGCUUGUUAAGACGCAGGAUCCUGAACUCUUUGCUCGAUUCAAGAUCACCACUUGGCCAAGACUAUUAGUGUCUCGCGAUGGCCGCCCAACAUACUACCCGCCCUUGACACCACAUGAGAUGCGUAAUCCCAAGAAGGUCUUGCCAUGGAUGAAGUCAGUUUGGCUACCUAUCGUGCCUGAGCUCACUGCUUCUAAUGCCCGCGAGAUUAUGGAUGGCAAGAUUGUCGUUCUGGGUAUUCUUGACAGGGAAGAUCAGGAGUCAUUUGCAAGUGCCAAACGCGAAAUGAAGAGCGCAGCAAAUGAAUGGAUGGACAAACAGAUUCAACUUUUCCAACUAGAGCGACAGGAGCUUCGUGAUGCCAAGCAGCUCCGCAUCGAGGAGGCGGAAGAUCGUGGCGACGAGCGUGCCCUCCGAGCCGCCAAGCACAUUCGCAUCAACAUGGACAAGACGGACAGGAAGGAAGUUGCAUUCGCGUGGGUUGACGGCGUAUUCUGGCAGAGAUGGAUCCGCACUACCUACGGUAUCGACGCCAAGCAUGGCGAGAGAGUCAUCAUCAAUGAUGAAGACAAUCGCCGAUACUGGGAUCAAACCAUAACUGGCAACUACAUUGUACCCUCCCGAACCUCGAUUCUUGAGACGCUGAACAAAGUCACUGCUCAACCACCCAAGCUCAAGCCGAAGCUCACCAUCUCGAGCUUUGAGAAGAUCUUCUUUGACAUCCGUGUUACAUUCAUUGAACACCCGUACCUCAGCAUCGGGUGCAUUGCCGGCCUAGCACUUGGCUGCGCCUCGUGGUUCCGUGGACGGAUGCGCCGUACUCGCGGCCACUUCCGACUAGAAAGCGACUUGGGCAUGAAAGAGACCAAGGCCCCGCUCCUCGGUGGCAAUAUCAACGGAAAGGUCGAUUAA